AUGAUAACAGACUGCCAGAUUGUAACUGGUUCCUUUCAGGUGAGUGAGGACAAAGUGAUGUACACCAACCUGCUGACUUAUAGCCUGGAUGCUGGACUUCCUCCGAUCACUGAGCUGGUGGCAUGUGUUUAUGAUUUAUCUAGCAACAGCACUGACCUGGAUAACGUGAGAAACGACCUUGUCUUCACUCUGGAGUUGAUGAACAGUGAUUUUGAUGGGCCUGCUCCAUCCACUAUGUUCACAUUCGGCACCAGAAUUCCAAUCCGGGCCAAAGUGGAACAGCAGGUCCUUGGGCCUUUGUGGAUUUACCUGCAGUACUGCAUGCUAGCAAACACUCAAGACCUCACUCAGGCCAGCCAGCUACAUACAGUUAUUUCUGAUGAUGGGUGUCUCAUAGAAAGCAAAGAAGGAAACGCAACGUUCUUGCCCAGACGAGAGCCCUCGGAAAUCCUCCUUUAUUUCCAAGCCUUCAAAUUUGCCUCCGGAGAACAAGUUUUCCUUCAUUGUGACAUGACGACAUCUGAUCUCCAGAGCUUUAGUGUUGAUAAGAAAGCCUGCCAAUACCAAAAUGGGUGGGGGUGGGAGCUUCUGGAUGAUCCAACCCGAAGUUAUAUCUGUAACUGCUGUGACUCUACUUGUAUUCAACGAACUGGCUUUGAGUCUGGUAUUGUAACUUUAGGAUCAGUGGUGUUGGUGAUGGUGUACUGUGCCUUUAGGAGUGCCGGUGUUGGUAAUGGGGCUCUAAGUUUCUAAUUCAGUUAUCUGCUUCCCCAGUUGUAAUGGCUUCCUGUUCGACUUUUUCCUCAAGGGGUAUAUACACGCCAGGUUCUUGGGCCUUUUACAAUGGUUGACUCUCAACACAGUGCAGAAGAUGAAUCCACAUUCAGGUCAGAUGAAAAAGGUAUGUAUGUUAAGUGAACAUUUGGAAGAGAACUUAUGAGAAUGAUGGUAAUGGGGCAUUGUGUCUUUAGAAUCAGUGGUGUUUGCAAUAGGGUUGAUCCUUUCAGAUUGGUGGUGAUGGGGCAGUGGUGUUGGUGAUGGGGCACUGAGUUUAGGAUUGGUGAUGGGGCUCUAAGCAUCUAGUUCAGUUAUCUGCUUCCCCAGUCAUAAUGGCUUCCUCUUUGACCUUUUCCUCAAGGGAUAUAUACACACCAGGUUCUUGGGCCUUUUACAAUGGUUGAUUCUUGACCCAGUGUAUCCGAUAAGUACAUAUUCUGGCCAGCUGAAAAAGGUCUGUGUAUGUUAAGUGAACAUUUGGAAAAUAAAAUAUGCUAUGUGACUUCUUGUUUGUUUAGGAUUGGGAGUUCCUGUGUGGGUUGUGGGGCUUUCUGUUUGCCUGGUGCUGAUGUUGAUUGCUGGAUCCAUCGCUUCAAGCUACUACCUGUGUUUUUGGAGGGGUGGAAGGUUGGGAUACAGACCAAGUCGAGAACUUCUGAAUAAAUAUUAAUCUUCUUGAUUUAAUGGUUCAAAAAUAGUCUUUGGUGUCUCUUGUUUUGAUGGUGUGUUGCCCAUAGAAAGGAGGGUGUAGGGUUAUCACUUAUGAUUCAGCUUCCAAGCCAGAUAAAAAGCCUCAUCAAUUAUUCACACCAGUGUAAUGUCAGGGCAGCCCAUGUUUACAGCAGCUGGAAUGUGAGGCUCUUGAAUACCAUGGGCUGUCAGUGCUGCAUUGAAUCCACAAGGGGGCUCCACUAGCACUGUCGAUCUCAAUCAUGCUUCUGUCUGGCUAAGAACCUGCAGGAACAGUUCAUGCAGCCAGCAUAAACAUGAGCUGGCAGCCCUCCAUUCUCUGG